CACCAACCACGCUUUGACCAACCAGGCAAUCUCUAAACACAGGAAAGCUUGCUUCGGCAAUCCAUGCAUCAAGCCCCGAGAUGCACCACUUCUGCUAGACUAGUUAUUCUCCACAGACGGUCGCAAGAGACCGUGCGGUGUAACACUGCGGCCUGAAUUCGCACCUCGCCACAUCGACUUUAUACGAGGACCAGGGCUCCCAAACGGUGUCGACUGUGCGACGACCUGUUGAUGCGAUGGCGAGCAAAGCCAAGUCCCGCUGGGCGGACGACGAGGCCGACGCAGAACUCGAGGCGCAAUUGAAGAAGGAGAAGGAGGAGAAGAAACGCCUCAAGGCCGAGAAGGCUCGCAGGCUUGAAGCAGAGAAGCAAGCUCGGGAAGCUGCUGCCGCGGCCGCGGCCGCAGCACAAGCACAAGCACAAGCAGAGGGCGACGGCGCAAACGGGCCUCCAGCCAAGCGACGAAGGAUAUCACCCGAACGCGAGACGGCGCAAGCUGCCGGGACAUCGGAAGGCGGUAACGAUGCACCAAAACUUCUACGGUUCGAUGGCGGCGUGUUCGGCAAGUCUCGCAGCGUCGAGAACUACGACAAGCUCAACGACAUCGAGGAGGGCGCAUACGGCUGGGUGUCGCGGGCGAAGGAGGUUAGCACAGGCGAGGUGGUUGCGCUCAAGAGGCUAAAGAUCGACCCCAACGACCGCGGCGGGCUGCCGGUUACUGGACUGCGCGAGAUACAGAUCCUGAAAGACUGUGAUCACCGAAAUGUGGUCAAGUUACGGGAAGUGGUCGUGGGAGACGACACGAGCAAGAUUGAGAAGUUAGUCCCCCCCUCUCUCUCUUCGAACGCCAUUUUAAGCCUCGUGCUCACAUUGUUCUCGUUGUUCCAGCAUCUUCCUCGUCCUCGAAUUCCUCGAACACGAUCUGAAAUCCAUCCUCGAAGACAUGCCCGAGCCGUUUCUCGCGUCCGAAGUCAAGACCCUCCUCCGACAACUCGCCUCGGGGGUAGCCUACCUCCACGACAAAUGGAUCCUCCACCGCGACCUCAAGACCUCCAACCUCCUCCUCAACAACCGCGGCCAGCUCAAGAUUGCCGACUUCGGCAUGGCGCGCUACGUCGGCGACCCGCCACCGAAACUAACCCAGCUCGUCGUCACGCUCUGGUACCGCGCCCCCGAACUCCUCCUCGGCGCGUCUCGGUAUACGGGCGCCAUCGACAUGUGGAGCGUAGGCUGCAUCUUCGGCGAGCUCCUGACGCGCGAGCCGCUCCUCCAGGGCCGCAACGAGGUCGACGAGCUGACCAAGAUCUUCGAGCUCUGCGGCGUCCCGACCGAGGAGUCCUGGCCGUCCUUCCGGCGGCUGCCCAACGCGCGGGGGCUGCGCCUGCCCUCGGGCGGCAAGGCUACCGGGUCCGCCAUCCGUGCCAAGUUCCCCUUGCUCACCGCUGCCGGCGUGAGCCUGUUGAACAGCCUGUUGGCGCUGGAUCCGGACAAGAGGCCGACCGCGAAAGAGAUGCUCGAGCACGAGUAUUUCAAACAAGACCCCAAGCCGAAGCAGGAGGCCAUGUUCCCGACAUUCCCGAGCAAAGCCGGGCAGGAGAGGAGGCGGAGGCGGGAGACGCCAAACGCGCCGGCGCGGGGCCAGCAGGCGGCAGAUCUUGGCACCGUGGAUUUCAGUGGGAUAUUCUCGGGGAGGGAACGGGAGGAGAAGGGAGGGGGGUUUUCGCUGCGGAUGGUGUAGAGGCUGCUCCGUGGCGCAUAUCCUACUAGGACGGCGUGGUCUGGUUACCGAUAGGCAAUGUGCCAAAAGAAAGUCUGAGAGACGCAUGAACGUCGUAAGAUAUGCUUCAUUAAGCUACCUGAUAGAUAUGCAAUGUCAUGACGCGGAGAUGAUGCAAAAGAUGCUGUCACCCCGUCCUGGUCUUUUUUCGAUUUUGAGCCCGACCUGGGCAAAGUGAUGGCCCGAACAAAAUGC